AUGGAUGAGUCGUUGGUGGCCAGCUUGGCUGAGGGUGCGCCAUCUUCUACGAUUGUCGAUGAGGACGAUUUGAAAAGAUACUUUCCAGAUGAUAUAACGGGAAGUAGAAUCUUAUUCACAUCUCGGAACAAAGAAUUGGGUUUCAAUGAUGUUGUUAAUGAACUUCCUUUCCUAUCAGAUGCUGAAUGUUGGGAAUUAUUAAGGUGGAAAGUGUUCCAAACAGAACCUUGCCCUCCAGAAUUGCUUGGGAUUGGUCAGCAUAUUGCCUCAAGAUGUCGUGGUCUACCUCUGUCAGUCAUUAUGAUAUCUUCCAUUCUUCCAAACAUGCAGAAGAAAAGGGGUUCAUGGAGAACAGUGGCUGGAAGUUUGAGUAGACACAUAAUUGACGACACAAAUAAUUGUCUCCACAUACUGAAACUUAGUUACCAGCAUUUAUCAGUUCAUUUGAAACCUUGUUUUCUAUACUUUGGAGUGUUUAGAGAAGACAAAAUAAUCCCAGUACGGAAGUUGAUAUCUCCAUGGGUUGCCGAAGGGUUUAUAAACAGAGAAAACCACAGGAGCACAGAGGAUGUGGCACACAAUUAUCUAAUGGAUCUAAUUAAUAGGGGUCUGGUACUAGUUGCUGAAGAAAGAUCAAAUGGUGGAGCCAAAACUUGCAUGAUUCAUGAUCUACUGCAUGAUUUAUGCUUAAGGAUAGCUAAAGAAGAAAACUUUAUGGGAGGGAUCGAAAACGGAUAUAUGAAGUAUAAGAAAGACAAGAGUAUCUUGGAAAUGCAGCGUCUUUGUUUCCCAAGACCAUUUGAUCCAUAUGUUCACUCUCAGUUAGGCCGCAGGGUCAUGGAUUUGUCAGGACAAUAUUGUUCUUGUUUUGAAGAUGUAAGUGUAGGAAUUGAAAACUUGGUUCACUUGAGGUACUUGGCAGUUCGACGAGAACUUAAACUGCAAUUAAUAGAAAAACUCCACAGACUAGAAUAUCUCACGUGGAGAACAGAAACAGAGUUGAAAUACCUGCUUUCGUUCUUAACAUGAAGAAUUUGAAACAUCUGAAUUUUGGAGGUGGGGCAUACUUCAGUGGAUCUUCUCAUUUAAGAGCAACUACGGAUGGGAGCUUCCAAAUAAAUAACCUACAAUCUAUUUCAUUACUUUUUAUUUAUAAUGAAAUGGAUGCAAAAGUUUUGGGAUGUGCUCCCAAUCUCCUCAAAUUGGGAUGCAAAUUCAGGACUCAAUGUCCUUUCCAAUUCCCCAAUCAACUUGAAUCGCUCAACAUCAGUUUCAUGAGAGAUUCAGAUCCCAAUUUUCCCUUGAAUCUCAAAAAAUUGACCCUAUUGAAAUUUCAUUUGUCGUGGGAAAAAAUUCGGAUGAUUGGGAGAUUGCCGAAAUUAGAGGUUCUCAAAUUACGUGUUGGUUCCUUCAAGGAAAACCAAUGGGACACAGAAGAAGGUGAAUUCCAAAAACUCAAAUUCUUCGAGCUAAAUGAUGUGAAAAUUGCAAGCCAGUAUAAAUAUGCAGAAUGGAAUCCCACAAGUGAUGAUUACCCCAAACUAGAACGAUUAGUGUUGCGAAAGUGCUACUGUUUGAAUAAGAUCCCGUCCAGUUUAGGUUAUAUUUUAACCUUACAGAAAAUUGAGGUAUAUGGAUGCACAGAAUCUAUCGCAAAAUCUGCUGUGGAAAUUCAGGAAGAACAACAAGAAAUGGGAAAUGAAGAGCUUAAAGUAGUCAUCAAUCGAGAUUCAAGAAGAAAGUCAUUACUCGAGAUUCAAAGAGUAAACAGAGCAUGAGUUUUGCUGGUAUACUACGACUCUUUGUCUCUUUCCUUUGAUCUGCUAUGGCUUUGUGACUCCUUUAUUGUGCAUGGAAUAAAAAGAAAUGUCGAAAGACUAUUUCAUAUUUUUUUUGAUUUAAGAUAUCAACUAUAUUUAUGAACUUGUGAUGCAGCCAUGAGUUAUGAGAACUUGGUACAACAUUCAAUUGUUCACAGGUUCAAACGUUAUCUUUUAGUUUAUUUAUGAAUUAUGUCUGUUAAUUUAGUUUGAGAAUUGUAAUAUCCUUCAUUUUGUUGACAUUUCCCUUUGAACUUCCUGAAAACUGUGUCUAAAUGAAGAAACUGUGAGUCAUUGUAAAGAGUUUGGAUUUCUUCAGUUCUUUUGGAUCCGAUAUCCUCCUCCUCUUUCUUUUUUUUUUUUUUUUUGGGGAAUCAACCAAACCCAGUAUUUGUAUAGAAUCAACUACAUUGCAAUUUUAAAUCAGUUUUGAAAAUACGAUGGAAUCAACAAGUAUUUAAUCAAUUGAUUCGGGCAUAUUUCCAUCUUCUUUGGUUUUUAUACUGUUUA